CUUCUGUCGAUUGUAUUCGAUUGUAUGAGUCUAUAAUGUAUAUACAUGUAAUGUAAGUUGUUAGUCUUGAUCAAGCUUGCGUUUCUUUUCAUAUUUGGUUAAGUCCUCAACAGUUUGUAUAGUUUUAGAAAAAUCUACUUUUUGGUGUUUAAUGUCAUAGAACAAGCUGCAAAAUGUUUCAAUAUCCUCUACUACAUCGAAACUGCUGUGUCCCCCAAAGAGUUGAGGUAAAUCAGGAAGCAUAUUAACAGUAUUUUCACUAAUAUACUCGUUCAAGCUGUAAGAGUCACCAUUGGGAGUAAUUUCAUAGAAUACUUCGUGGUCCACAUGGAAUAAAUUAGGAUCACAACAGGUAUAGAAAUCAUUGAACUCAUCACUUGUGUACAAAUUGAAAAAAUCAAUGUUAGGAGUAUACUUCUUCUCAGAAAUUUGCUUAUUCAGCUUGAUUUUGGGUUUGGGUGCUGUGUCAUUUUCUUGAAUAUAAAAGUUUCUUAAAAGUUGCACAGCUUCACUCCUUAAAACACCUCCGUAACUCUUGUAAUUUCCUCUUCUACCGUCAAUUUCAUCAUCAUUGAUUUUCAAAACAGUUCCAUUUCCUCCGAACCUGUCGUUUCCACAUCCAUAUACAGCCCUUUUAAUACCUAUCUGCUUCAACGCCGAAGCGCACAUCACACAUGGUUCGACAGUUACAUACAAAAUCACAUUCAGGAAGAACAGUCGUACGUAUUCAGCAUCUCCAUGCUUUUCUUUGGGGAUGAACUGGUCAAAUAUGCUGUCUAUGGCAAUGAAUUCUGCAUGUCGGGUUCCAUUCAAAGUAUCGUUGGUUCCGUUGUAUCCCACGCUCAAGACUUUCUGAAUGUUCUUGUCAACCAUAAUACAUGCUACCGGAGUCUCAUUAUUUCGGAGAGCCCUAUACGCUACGUAUAAGGCCAAGGACAUCAUGGAAAAUUCUGUGGUAAGUCCAUCGCUCAUGGUUUGAGAGAAUCCAUCUGUCGCACCUUUUUUGUGAAAUCUAAUUCAGUAUGUCUGAUUUACAUAAACAGUUUUUGAAACGAGUUAAACAACAAGAACAGGCAUUUGGGUUGGCUCUGUUGUCAGAAGAUGGCGGUGGUGACAACGACACGGUUUUUUUUCCGCCAGCAAAACAACAAAUUGAAACAAAGCCCAAGUUUGACAGAACCGAGAUAAAUCAUGAGGGUAUAUUCAAAAACUACGAAAUGGAGAGAAACCUGACGUUUCCAAUAAUUGAAAGUUAUAAAGAUCAAAAGUCAGGCAUAGUUUUCCAGGUAUACUUUAAACCUCCAUCAUCUAGCAAAGUUCCUAUAUUUGUUGGUUGUCAUGGUGCUGGCUCAUCUUCUAUGACAUAUUGCAAAUUGGCACAGAGUUUUAAUAAAACGUACGAGGAGGAAUCAUGUGGUAUUUUCUUAUUCGAUAUGAGAGGACAUGGUGGCUCCACUUCGAUUGAGCCACUUGAUUUCUCAUUAACCACCUUGACCGAGGAUUUUGCCUUUGUUCUUGAAAAAUUCUACCAAAAGCAUAAUAUUGAGUCUGUUUUGUACUUGAUGGGACACUCCUUGGGAGGAUCGGUUCUAACCAAUUACCUCCAUCAUUACCCAGAUAAUCAGUUUAAUAUCAAAGGAUUAAUUAUGCUUGAUAUAGUGGAGGAGACAGCUGUGACCUCCUUGGGUGCAAUGCCUGCGUUUCUUGAAAGAAUCCCCAAAAGGUUUGCAACUUACAAACAAGCCAUUGAUUGGCACGUCAAGGCCACAAAUCUCUUGAAAAAUACAGAAUCAGCAUCUAUAAGUGUACCAGACUUAUUUGUGGAUGAUGGUGAAGUCCUCAAAUGGAAAAUCGAUUUGAAGAUCACCAAACCCUUUUGGGAUUCUUGGUUCAAAGGAUUGUCGGCAAACUUUGUGAGCUGUGGUCUGAAACAACAUGUUGCAAAACUUUUGAUUUUAGCUGGUCAUGAAACAUUAGAUACCAGUUUGAUCAUUGGGCAAAUGCAGGGAAGAUAUUCCCGCUAAUGUUGCCGUUAGCUUAGCAGACUUUGCUAGAAGAAACGACUCACCAGAUGACUAUAUGAAAAGAGAAUUAGGGUUUGUACCCAAGUGGGGCGGAAAGAUUCAUAGUUAAUAUACAUAUAUACUAAUCAACACUAAGGUUAACCUUUCUGAUCUCAUCUUCUCUAAUAGUUAUAGCUUCCACCAACCUAUCAAUGUUCUUAUUGGCCAAUGGGAAUCUUGGAUUGAUUAAGAAAGGUCUUAAAUCAAACCUAUUGUCAUCGGGGGAAUACUGUUCUGCAUGGUAAGCAGGUGUCAUGGUUGUCAUUUUAUGUCUGUUGAUAGCAUAAAAGAACCAAAAUCUUUUCACCUUUUCAGCGACUUGUUCAGCUGUCAAGUUGUAUGGAGGUUGGGACCAUUCAUGGUAUAACUUUACAAACAUGGCCAAUGGUCCACAUUUGUCAACUUUCCGUAAUCUUCCAAAUCGGUAUAAUUCGGCAUAGCUCAUACCCAUAUCAAUCUCAUCACUUUGAACAUAAUCAGCAGUAAUAGGUUCUAACUCGGCUGUAGGAGUGGCUUCUAUAAAUUCUCUCAAAAUUGGAAGCUCAAAGUUGGUACAAGCCCAACCAAUGAAUCUCUUCAAAUCAGUUUUGGAGAUACCCCCAAUUGGAUUAAGAUCAGCACUUGAACAAUCAUAUUUGGUCAAAUAACCUCUUAAGCAUUCAUCCACAUUAGCACUUCCCAAAACAAGUAGCCCACCAGCAAUAUCUCUUGUCCAAGGUAACAAUUGUGCAAAUAAAUAACUUAACACCAUUCUUAAUCUAGCUUGAAUGUUUUGUAAAGCUAAAUUCUCUGUUUGGGAACCACCAAAUAUUUUGAAAAUUGGUUUACGUCCAGUUGCAACUUCAAACACAGAAACAACAGCAGUCACCAAAGAGUCCAUGUUCAAGUCGACGUGGAAUGAUCCAAUUUUGUCUGCUAAUUCUUUAGCUCUUGAUCUGGUUUCAGCAGAGGAGUUUUUGGUACCCAUAUAACUUGUGUAGAAUAACUUUCCAGCCACUUCUUGGGGUGUCCUGGGAAUCCAAUCUGGUGAUUUAGUCAACAUCUGGAUGUCAGAAAUGACUUGCUUGUCACCAUCUUCGCAACUCAGAACAAUUAAUCUGCACAUCAGAUGAACAAUAGUAGCAGUAGCACAUGAAUCAACACCACCACUUAAAGGUAAAAAGAACCCAGCACAUUUGGAUCUUCUCAAAUAAUCCCAUAACCAACAAGCUGGACCCAAUGCAAUUUCUUCUUCAGGCAAAUGAUACUUGACCGAAAUGGGCAAUGAAGGUCUAAUUAACGGGUUAAACACAUUACUUUGAGGACUCAAUUCGAUACCUGCUUCAAUGGACUUAAAUGGAUUCCUUUCCGCAACCGCUUGAAUCCCCGUCAGCUUCUGGUUUCUGAAGGACUUGAUAUCAUCUAAAUCAAUGGUUGCAGUUAUAACUUCAACAUCCUUCAAGGAGAAUUGGGAACCUUGGGCAAUCAUUUGUCCGUUGACAAUGAUGGAAGCACAUCCAUCAUAAUAUAAUCUAUCUCCAUCACAACCCUUC